UUUGAUAAUCAGUAAAUGGACAAAUCAAGAUUUUAGGACAGGAAUCUAUUUAUUUUAUUAAAAAAAAAGAGCUUAACAACGAAGUAAUCAACGGUAUAACGGUCGAGUGGGACAGCUACAACUGCCGAAUUCUAUGCAUAAGAAAUUGUUGAAUCCUCUAUCAAACCAUCAUGGCAGCGCUUCUAUACGCCGACGUUGACUUCAGUCUCCGAUCUCUGGCGAGCCGAGCCGAGGGGUUUGGCCGGUUCGCCAUUGGUGGCUUGCAUGGCGCCGUUUAUUCUGUCACCACUCUGGCUGAUGAUGGUCCCGGAUCACUUCGCGAGGGUUGCAGGAGAAAAGAGCCACUAUGGAUUGUGUUUGAAGUUUCGGGUACCAUUAAUCUUAACUCAUACUUGAGUGUAUCAUCUUAUAAGACAAUUGAUGGUAGAGGGCAGAGGAUAAAGUUUACAGGAAAGGGCUUAAGACUUAAAGAAUGUGAGCAUAUAAUUAUAUGCAAUCUUGAGUUCGAAGGUGGUAGAGGGCAUGAUGUUGAUGGUAUUCAAAUAAAGCCGAACUCGAAACACAUUUGGAUAGAUAGAUGCAGCCUUCGCGAUUACGACGACGGACUUAUUGAUAUCACUAGACAAAGCACGGACAUCACUGUGUCGAGAUGUUAUUUUGCGGAGCAUGACAAGACGAUGCUUAUUGGAGCGGACCCCUCUCAUGUUGGCGAUAGAUGCAUCCGGGUGACGAUUCACCAUUGUUUCUUUGAUGGAACACGGCAAAGGCAACCUCGCCUUAGAUUUGGAAAAGUUCAUCUAUACAAUAAUUACACUAGGAACUGGGGAAUUUAUGCGGUUUGUGCAAGCGUAGAAUCCCAGAUAUUUUCUCAAUGCAAUAUAUAUGAAGCAGGAGUGAAGAAAAAGACCUUUGAAUAUUACACGGAGAAGGCAGCAGACAAGGAAGAAACUCGGUCUGGCUGGGUAAGAUCUGAAGGAGAUGCAUUUCUCAGUGGAGCUCAACCGUGCUUAUUAACCGGAGUCGGCGAAGAAUGUGUAUUCCACCCAAGCGAGUAUUAUCCGACAUGGACAAUCGAACCACCCUCAGAAUCAUUAAAAGCUCUCAUCCAAAUUUGUGCAGGUUGGCAAGCUAUUCCUCGACCAGCAGAUGAUAUAACGGUUAACUUUCCCGAUCUCGGAAACAACAACUAAACACUUUCCGAUCAAGAAGAUAUGGUAUGAGCGCAAGAAUGUAUUAAAUAUUAUGUAGAAUCACUCAUUUUGAUUUACAGAUCAAACAGAGUAAGAAUCGCAAAGCUACUCCAUGGCUAAUCUCCCUGUCGCUAUUCAUUUUAUUUUGCUGCUCAGUUUAUCUUAAACUUUACAAUGUAAAAUUCACCAACUCUAUAUUGUAAAUAACUACUUUAAAAGCUAAUAAAGUACAAGUAUUGUACAGCA